UAUAUGGAAUUGAUGGUUUUUCAAUAUCAUUGGGGUUUUUCUUUCUUUUCUUGAAGGAAACAUCUCGAAUCUUCUUUGCUCACACUUCAUAUUUCUUUCCUUAGAGACCAAGUUGUGUAGUGUUUGUUUCUGAGAAUCACGAUUGAAAGAAAAUCGAAAACCUUCAAUCACAGUCAUGGAAGUGAGAAUUGGGAGAAGGGUUUCAAGAGGAAUGCUUCCACUCCUCGCUCUUCACACCUUCGCCGAGUACUACCGAUCUGAUCGGAAACCGCCAGUCACCGCCGCACUCAUCGCCGCCAACACCCUCAUCCACCUCCGUCCCUCUUUCCUAGAGCCCUUCAUCCCCCCAAUCGACCAAGUCUGGUUCAAUCCACACCUCAUCGUCAAGAACAAGGAUCUGAAGCGGUUCUUCUUGUCGGCGUUCUACCACAUCGGAGAGCCUCACCUUGUAUACAACAUGCUAUCGCUUCUCUGGAAAGGGAUGCAGUUGGAAACCGCCAUGGGAAGCGCGGAGUUUGCUUCCAUGGUGGCUUCCUUGCUUGCUCUGUCACAAGGCGUCACUCUGUUACUCUCCAAAUCGCUGCUUCUCUUCUUCGAUUACGGAAGGCCGUAUUACUAUGAAUACGCUGUUGGAUUCUCCGGCGUGCUCUUCGCGUUGAAGGUGGUUCUGAACUCGCAAUCGGAGAAUUUCACCCAGGUUUACGGCGUGAUCGUGCCGUCGCGUUACGCUGCUUGGGCGGAGCUUUUUCUGAUUCAAAUGUUUGUUCCCGGUGUGUCGUUUCUCGGCCAUCUCGGUGGGAUCCUCGCCGGGCUUCUGUACUUGAGGUUGAGGGGCGGGUAUUCCGGUUCUGAUCCGGUGGUUUCUCUGAUGAGGGGGGUCGGUGCUGCGGUUAACUGGCCUUUGAGGUUUCUGCGUCGGUUGUUUCGGAGUCGGCGGGGGAGGAUCUCCGGCAGGGGAGCUGUGGGUGGUGAUCGGACGGGAAGAAAUGCUUGGAGGUGUCAGGCGUGUACGUUUGACAAUUGGGGUUUGUUGAAUGAGUGUGAGAUGUGUGGGACGAGAAGGGGUGGGAGUGGUGGGUUGGCUUCUUUUCCGAGGAGCCGUCGCGAUUCUGAUGGGCUUCCGGUGGAUGAAUUGCGUCGCCGGAGAAUUGAUAGAUUUGCUAGGUGAUGGUAGUGGUGGUUUUGAUUGAUCAUGCUCCAGGUUCUAGCAGAUAGUUCAAAAUGGAUAUGGAAAAUUCAUACACAUUACUAGCAUGUUUUGUUUAUACUUUAUAGCUUCAGAUUAUUCAUCACUGAGUUUUCGAAUUACGGUUGGAUAUGCAAAAUUCAUACACAUCACACCAUUUUAAUUUAGGACAUGAGUUUGUUAGCUAUGAUGAAGUCAUUGGAUGGGCCAUUCAUGGCUGAUUCUGCAUCCAGUUACGUCAGUUGAGCAAUAUACACACAUUGGUUAUUUUCAUCAAAGAUUAAGAUUUGUUUGACUCUUAUGUAUCUAAUGUGGUGAACCAGUUUUGUUUUA